AAAAAACACACAAAAGAGGCGGAGUGUGACGUCAUUUCCCUGCGUCAAGCGAGGUAAUUUUCAUCAGUUGAAUCAGACGUCAGGAGUUUAUAAUUGUAAAGAUGCCUUUACCGCCUGCUCUCCUGGCUCGUCUGGCCAAAAGAGGAAUAGUGAAACAGUCAGACCAUGAAGCUGAAGAGGAAAUCAUUGCUGAGGACUAUGAUGACAACAACGUAGACUAUGAAGCUACAAGGCUUGAAAAUCUACCCACCAACUGGUACAAAGUGUUCGACCCGAAUUGUGGACUUCCGUACUACUGGAAUGUGGAGACAGACUUGGUGUCCUGGUUGUCCCCCAACGACCCCGCUGCGGUCAUUACUAAAGCAGUGAAGAAGCAGAGAGUGGAGAUUGCAGACGACAGAGGGGACGGUCACCGCGAGAAGUCGGACAGAGAGCGCGAACGUGACAAGGAGCGAGACCGAGACAGAGAUCGAGACCGAAAUCGGGACCGUGAUAGAGAUGAAGGGAGAGACCGAGACAGGGAUAGGGACAGAGACCGAGACAGAGACCGGGACAGACGAACGAGAAGAGAGGACAACGGCCCGUACAGCAAAUCAAAGAGAGGCGGAAGUCGGAAGCAGGAGGAGUUGGAUCCUAUGGAUCCCAGUGCCUACUCCGAUGCACCAAGGGGCUUGUGGUCAGCCGGGCUUCCCAAGCGUAACGAGGCUAAGACAGGAGCAGACACGACGGCGGCAGGGCCCCUGUUCCAGCAGAGGCCGUACCCCAGUCCUGGAGCUGUGCUUAGAGCCAACGCUGAACACACCAGACGUCAAGAGGAGGACGACGAGGACGACUAAGCAGGAGGGAAGCAUCCAUAGAGCUUUUAUAACAACCUGGAAAUGAAUGAACAUGAACAGCCUUAAAACAAUACACGCAGCUAAGCUCGACUGGACCGGAAACGGGUCACGUGUCAUUUCUGUUUCUAAUAGUUGCCUCCUCUUGCUUUCGUAACAGCACCAAUCUUGUCAGGAACAGAUACAGUACUGUCAUGAUGGUGAAAUUUGCUAAAUUCUAUGACUUCCUUUGACAGAUUUUAUACAUCAUCUCCGUCAUGUGUUCUAGACUCAAAAUUGUCUAACAAUCAUCAAGAAGUUUGUCUGUAAAGGUUCUAUGGGUUUUCAUCCUGCCUCUAGAUCCAGGAGCCAUGCUUUGAACGGCAACUCUUCACGUCAGUUCAGUGGGUUUGUAAAUCGAACUACGUUAUGUUAUACAUUUUGUAGUGAGGCAUUAAGCACAGUGCCUCUUUUAACUGUUGAAUAUACUUAUGUUAAAUGGAAAUGUUAAAUUUUCUGGCUUAAAUUUUUUUUUUUAAUAAAAAAAAAUAAUGCUG